ACUAUCGAAAGGCAAGAAGCUACGGAAUCGCGUCAAUUGUUGAUCGGAAUUUUCAUAUUUUUUCAAGUUAAUUAUGUUUAAACAGCUUUUAUAAAGUAUAUUUUGUGUCAAAAAGUGUAGCUGUUGAUUUGGAAUGUCUCAAUUAAUUGAUUACAUUAGAAACUUGUUUAAUCCGAAUAACAAUUUCACUAGAAAACGAAGAAGAACCGACUUUCAAAGAGAGGAAAUUGAGCCAGUUCCAAAAUACAAAAGGGUUACAAACGUCUUUCCAAAAGAAUAUAAAUCAGUUCGUGAUGAUGAGAUUGAUUAUUUUAGAGAAGUAAAUAGACAAAAACCAUUGUACAACGGAUUACUCGAAGAUUUCUUAAUGGAUCAACAACAAAAACAUAUGAAAGCAGUUUUGGAAGACGGCGAGUUUUCUGAUGAGGAGGAUCUGAGUUCAUAUCGAAUGCCAACAACUGGCAUAUCAAAAAGUCAAAAAAGUUCCGAAUUCAAUUUUAAGAGAUUCUACGAUCAGGACCAACCUUCAUCAUCAUCAAAUGCAUUUAAUCGAGAAUCAUUUCAAACGAGAAGAAAUAAUAAUUAUACAAAAUUCACAAAUGGGAGGAAAUUUAACGGUGGAAGAGAUGACGAUGAUGAUGACGUUCAAUUAACGUCGAUUUCACCAAAAAAUAAUCCUGUUGCACGACCAUUUUCAAGAGAAAUGCCAUCAUUAAUUCCUAUUUCAAAGACAUUUCAACCAUCGAACUUGACAAAUGGAUACUCACGCGAAAGUUCUGUUAAGCCUGUUUCUUCGCAGCCGGUUAGAGGACGAAGAUCUGUGCUAGAUUUUCUAGGGAAGAAUCGCGCAUUUGGAGAUGCACCAAAAAUCGCAAACUCAAUAAUUGAUCGUCGCUACAACUUGAAUACAAAGAGCGACUAUGAACAGCUAUUAAACAACUUGAUUCCACGAUAUCCAAGUGCCGCACUUAAAGUAAUACAGCAAGUAAAUGAUUCGAGACCAGUGACAACGAUUGAUCUUUCAGAUGAUAAUGACAGCAGAUACAACAAAGAGAAUCGACAGGCUUCCACGAAAGACUUUCCAGCAUAUAGAAAUAGAAAGAGUGAAGUGGUUUUUAAACAGCCUGCAGCUUAUGUGGAUAUAAGUGACGAUGAAAUUGAUCAGUCACAUUUUAAUCAGGAACCGUGUCUUUCAUCUACUCAAGUCAUUAAGGCACGAGACAGUGAACAUAAUUUGAGCGCUAAUAAAUCAAAAGAACGAAUAGUUCCGAUUCAAUUGCCGCCUGUUAAUACUUUAAAGGAGAGACAAUCGUUCCGUAAAUCACUUAAAGAUGAUACGAUUGAGAAAAUUGUUGAAAGAUUUACUCAGAAACGGCAGGAAAAGGAUCGAAGUAUCAAUGAGGAAACUCUCAACGCUUCAAAAUUAGAAAGAGAACGCAUUGAACAUGAAAAGAUACAGCAAAAGCGCAUCGAUGAGUCGAUAACAAGUGCAUUAGCUGACAAAUGUAUCAUAAUCGAGGAGGAGGAAGAAGUUAUAGAUGAAUUCCCACAAUUAAAUGAGCAGCAACUUCGAUUUGUACAGUAUGCACUUCAUGGCUCCAGAAAUGAAGUCAUUGUAAGUAAGUUCAACAUGAAUAUAACACGUCAUGAUUUGGCAACUUUAGACGGGUUAAAUUGGCUGAACGAUGAAGUCAUCAAUUUCUAUAUGGAACUAUUAAAAGAAAGAAGUGAACAAGUAGAACAUCUUCCAAAAGUUCAUGUCAUGAAUACAUUCUUCCUCGGCAAGUUGCUUCAACAGGGUCACUCUGGAGUUCGACGAUGGACACGAAAAAUUGAUAUAUUCUCAUACGACAUCAUUCCAAUUCCAGUGCAUGUUGGAGGAGUUCAUUGGUGUAUGAGCGUAAUUCAUUUAAAGAAUAAGACCAUAAGAUAUUAUGACUCGAUGGGGCAUCCAAAUCAUGUCGUAUUGGAAGCACUCGAACAAUAUCUCAAGGAUGAAUCGAUGGAUAAGCGAAAAAUACCGUUCGAUACAAGCGAUUGGACUAUAGAAAGUGUCCGAGACUGUCCUCAACAGAAAAAUGGCAGUGAUUGUGGUGUCUUUAGCUGUCAAUUUGCUGAAUUUUUAUCUCGUGAUUCGACCAUCUCAUUUGAACAGCAACAUAUGCAGUACUUUAGACGUAAAAUGAUUUGCGAGAUUGGAAACGGACGACUUUUCUUGGGAUACUAGCCCUGUCAGCAACAACAAAAUAAUAAAUCUAUGAAUGCACAUGCUCUAUGAAAAUGAAUAUAAUAUUAUUUAUGAAAACAUUAAAUAUUAAAUGUAAAAGUGAACUCAUUUUAAGCAAAAGUCAUUUAAUUUUGCCCAGACCCCCUCCCCACUUUUUAGUAUACAACAAAUAAACAUUUUUUGGUUAAUGAAUUAAAUAAGAAGACGUAGACGCAUAACAUUUUUUUAUCAGUUCCAUGGGAGUUUCAAUUUUCAUUCAAAAAGCGCUUUUUAACAAGUCAGAAAAACGAUAUAAUUGGAUGUCUGUCGAUAUUACCCAAUGUUUGCGGUAUUCUUAUUGGAAUUUGCUAGAUUAUGAAUGAAAUGUGGUGAAUUUUUGAGCAAUUUUGAAUGAUUUUGAUUUGAUUUAGUAUGCUCUUGAUUAAUUUAUUGGAG